GCCAUACAACCCAAAGCGUAAUCCUGCUGACAUAAACUUCCGGUUUACAAAUCGCAAUAUUUCAAAAAAAUUUGUGUUGUUAUCGCCGUAAUACAAAGAGUGGUGCAUUCUAAAAGGACAAAUUACACGUAUCCCAUGGAUCUGAUAUAAAUGUUCAUGUACAUGUAGUAUGCUAUAUUCUGGAGGAGAUUGGUUGCUUGCUUUACAAUACAGCAUUCUGUUUGUUGCUACACAGUUUGUUAACAAAUAUGUACUAUCUGUGCUGAAAUUCACAUAUCCAACUAUAUUUCAAGGAUGGCAGACCCUUGUAGGAGCAGUGAUACUUCGUGUUCUAGCCUUGACUGGCAAGAUAGACCUGGUUACAUCAGAUAUCAGCAGGUCAAGUAUUGCCCCGCACAUUCCAUCAAUGAUGACAUAUGUUGUUACUAUAUACUCGGGAUCAAAGGCAUUAUCUUCUUUGCCAAUACCAACAUUUCUAGCAAUAAGUAAUGCAUCUGCAAUAUUACCAACCAUAUUUCAACUUGCCACACGAAAGAAUCUCUCACAAAUCAGCUGUGUCAAAUCUGUGCUAUUUGUUUUAUUAACCACCAUGAUAUGUUGGAGCGACCCAUAUUAUACAUACACAUCCAAUGGCUAUUUCUGGAUGUUUAUAUUUAUCAUAUCAUCUGGGAUAAAAGAAAUUCUUGGAGCUUUAACAACAAAGCUAAGGGAGAUUGACAAGUUGUAUUGCAACUAUGUCUAUAGUGUUAUAAUGUUGGCACCUUCAAGUUAUUUCUUAGGAGAUGCAUUAGCAGCAAGAGCAUUUCCAUUUUUAUAUUUCUACAGAUUUUAUGUUGGAUGUGUGCUAAGUGGUGUGUUUGGCGUUUUUCUCCAAAUGAGUGCAAUACAGCUUGCAGAAAAGAAACUUUCCCAUCUGUCAUUUAACCAGUUCAUUGGUGCUUGCAAAAUAUUAACAACAACAAUCUCAUUUGCCUUCUUCGAUAUGACCUUCACGUCCAGCCAUAUUGCCUGGAUAUCAAUUAGUUUGAUUUUGGAAGUAAUCCCCAAUGGUCUAGUUGAGAACACUAAUGAAGAGAAUGAACAAAGUGAAACAUCACCUUGAUGGCAGCUUCAAAAGAACAUUCGGAAAAUGAACUCCCCAAAUUUGCAUUUACAUUACCAUGAAGCAAAAUAUGGACUCGGGGUUCUCACUAAGCUUUUAGACUCCA